UUAAAUGAGCUGACGCCAGAGGAGAAAAGCAGUUUCUCUAAGGUUUAGCAGCAAGUAGCAGCAGCAACAGAAGCAGUAAUGAGACGCCGUGUAUUCCUCGCUGUGUUGCUCAGCCUGGUGUUGGGCCUUUUGAAAGAAACCACUGCUGCCUCAGGAGAAGAAUCAACAACUGUGCCAACAACCUCAAAAACUCCAGGAAGCGGGGAUGAAAGUGCACCAACGACUGCCCCAUCAGGGAAUACAACCACAAAUAAUACAGGAAGCGGGAAUGAAACUGCACCAACGACUGCCCCAUCAGGGAACACAACCACAAAUAAUACAGGUAAGGAGCAAUCUCUUCAGGCAGCCCCUUGUGGGCACAGAUUGGAGGAAGUGAAUUGCAAGGAGCUCUGCAAGAACUUCUGCAGUUCAGACCCUUGUGGAAGAAAUUUUGCUAAAUGUCUUUCUUUAAAAAGCAAUUAUACCUGCCAGUGUGACUAUGGAUUCUACUAUAGCAAGGAGGAUAAGAAUUGUUACAGAGGGGAUGUAUACCCAGGGGUCAUUAGUGUGAAUCAAAACUCCAAUGACAGUGUUAAAAUUGUGAAUUCCACAGCAUAUGAAGAGGUGUUCAACGGUGUAUCAGAAUUUUUUGAAAAGGCCUUCAAAAAUUUAUUGACCUAUGUACAGACAGUCAUUGUGGAAAUUCAACCUUCAGAAAAAUCCAGAACUACUUCUCAAACGAUUGUAACAGUGAUGAACCUGUUUAAGGAGAACUCAAGUGUGACCAAUGAAUCAGUUUCUCUUGCAGUAAAACAAGCAAUACAAGAAAAUUCAUCCUAUGUCUCUUCUUACGAAGAGGCAAAGAAAUGUGAUGUGUUUCAGUGUGAUAAUCAAACCACAGACUGUGUAGAAGAUGUAAAAGACCCGUUUCCAGAAUGCCAAUGCAAAAGUGGUUUAGAAAAGACAACAUGGGAUGAUCGUUCUUGUUCAGCUUGCAGUAAAAACUGUUCUGCACAAGCACACAAGUACUGCACAAUAAAAGAAGGGAUCCCAAAAUGCACAUGUAUGCCUAACUUUGAAGAGAAAGAUGGAAAUGAUGGAGAAUGCGUACCUUGUCAAUUGGGCUAUUCUGGGGAGAACUGCACUGACAACACUGAACUCAUCCUUAUAAUAGUGGGUACAAUUCUUGGAGCCAUUAUCCUGAGUUUAGUGAUAGCAGUCUCUGUAAUUUCAGCAAGAGCCAAACACAAACAAAAUCCAGAGAAGAAGAGGCUGAUAAAGUCAGGAUAUUCCGACACAGAUAUCUCUGAUGAUAGACCGACCAUAACAUUCCCCAGAGUCCAGACCACUUCUGGCCAUGCAAACCCAGGAUAUCAGCCAAACAACCCAUAUGAGAUGCCUUCCACAAAUAAAGGUCAUUUUUUGGAGAGGGAUUAUGAUGAUUUGUACGAACCAUCACGGGAGCGUGGGGGCUUUAGGAUGCAGAGCAGAUACUGACAAGAGCAGUAGAAGGACCUACGACCACUGCAACACUGGGUCAGACCAAAGAGUUUCGCAGCCUCUCACCAAUGCAGUUACUUCAGCAGAGGAGACAACAAAGUCCUUGACUCCAGAUUCUCUCAAGAUUUUCUAAAAGAAGACCCCCGCUUGAAAGAGAUCAUGGACAUAAGGGGAAAAUGUAACAGGGGAUAGAUAUCUUUUAAAAAACUAAUGAGCUCCAAUAAACAUUAGACUUCUUUGAGAAGGCCAGUAGACUGGCAAGAGAACGAGUGUAUACAAGAUAUCAGGAUUUUAAUCCUGCUGGUUUUCAGUUCUUCUGGAAGAUGGUCCAAGAAGUAUGUGUGAUGCUGAAAAAUGUCAGCAUCCAGAGCUUUACCUUUAUUUGUGCUCACUCAAUUUCAACUAAGGCUUUGGGCAGAUCAUAACUGUUUUUCAUGAGAUCCUACCUUGUUUCACUUUACUAAGAUACAGUCUUUUUUACCCUCCUCAACCCCUCAGUAUUUCCUAUCUGAAAGCAUUUUGUUCAGAUCUCUGCUGACAUGUGUUGUGUAAGACAAUGGCACUUGUCUGACCUUUUCCACAGCCUUCCUUCCCAAUAAAAUGGCAAGAAACAA